CCGAAGCUGAACUUCCCUCCAGGAGUCCAUUAUACGUGAUACUGCUGCUGUGUGCAACAUGGUGCUUGUCUUAAUAAUCGGUGACUUGCACAUCCCACACCGCGCACACGACCUCCCAGCCAAAUUCCGUAAACUGCUUGUUCCAGGAAAAAUUCAACAGAUCCUUUGCACAGGGAAUGUUUGCGACCGCGAGACCUACGAGUACCUGCGCACUAUAGCAGGAGAUGUGUAUGUUGUCCGAGGGGACUAUGAUGAGAGCGCCAGCUUUCCGCCAUCUGCAACCAUAGUGCAUACCCCAAUACGAAUCGGAGUGAUUCAUGGGCAUCAGUGCGUACCGACCGGUGACCUUGAUGCUCUCAGUGCAUUGGCACGGCAAAUGGAUGUAGAUGUGCUCGUUUCAGGGCAUACGCAUACCUUCCAGGCAAUCGAAUAUGAUGGUCGUUUCUUUGUGAAUCCUGGGUCCGCGACUGGCGCAUGGACAGGCUCAUAUAACGGUGAAAUAACGCCAUCCUUUGCGCUCAUGGACAUUCAGGGCGCUGUCGUUGUCACGUACGUAUAUCAGCUCGUGGAAGGCGAAGUCCGUGUCGAAAAAAUCGAGUACCGGAAAGAGGUAGAGGCUCCCAAGCCGACUCAGUCACAGUUGGCAACAUCAAUUCCCCAGAGUGGGGUAACGCCGCAGAAUAUACCGAGUAGUCCUCAGACAGGACAGACAUUUUGGUGAGCAGGGACGUGUAAAAUAUAUUGUGUCAUGUGUAGUUCAGGUGUACCCCUCCCUAACCUAUAUCGAGUCCCGUAUGAACAGAAUUUCUGCGGGCAGAAUUGUGGUUCCUACACCACCUAUAUUGAACAUGUAUUAUAGUGCGGCAGAUAGCGUAUUGUCACGAGUGUGGGGUAUGAUGUCGAGCACUACUCAGUUUCAACAUAAGUUGGCGUGGAUCUCUCGGUGCUACCAAGAAACAGAAAAUGUGGAGUGACUAUUUCACUACUUCUUCGUCUUCUUGCUCUCGACGAAGAGCACACGAGCUUUAACU